ACAAGUAAAGAGCCUAAAGGGAAAGGGAACAAAGGGAAAGAGAUAGUGGUUGGGGGAAGUGGAACAAAAGCGUCCAACACUAAAUCAAAAACCUAUUUCCUUGAAAAUUAUAAAGUGCAAAAUUUGAGUGGUAAGUGCAAUGUGAUGAAAACUAUGAUGUUGGGAUUAAAAGAAGGGGAGCAUGUUAAGGUACAUUGCACUAAAAGGACAUUCAAUAUGGAAAAGGACUUUGAAAUUAGUGUCACCGUUGAAGACACCGAUCAACUUCUCUCGGGAGCAUGGCUCAAUAUAUCAAUAAUACAAGUUUUUGCUACGGCUUUGAGUGAGUUGUGUUUUCACGAUGAUUGUCACCCCAAUAGUAUUGGAUUCAUGUGCCCGGAGAUGAUCUCGGCCACCAUGUUAAAGUCCGAUGCAGAUCGAAUUCUAUUGUACAUGACGAGGUCCAUGAGUGCACUUAGUUCUAAGACAUUCAUCUUAUGUCCAUACUACGAAAAGAGUCACUGGAUGCUUUUAGUUCUUUGCUUGUCUAAACGUGAGGUCUACAUAUUUGAUUCUCAACAGAAGAAGAGAAAUUUGAUGAUUAAGGAGCCACUAAACAAUGCUUUUCGGAGUUACAAGAGACUAGGUGGACAAUCUAAGGGAACUAAAUUAACAUGGAUUCCAGCACAGUGUGCUCAACAACCGGGAUCACUAGAUUGUGGCUACUACGUCAUGCGUUUUAUGUACGACAUAAUAAUGAAUCAUGGUAAUAGUCAAGAUCUUACUAAGGAUUUUUCAAGAACAUUGCCUUAUUCAGCGGAGGAGAUUAAUGAGGUGAAAGAUUUUUGGGCAGAUUACUUCAUGAACAAUGUCGAAUUUUUAGCUUAAUUUGUAAUAUGAACUUGAUCUCUAGCUAGCUACGUACCUUUGUUGUAAUAAUUUUAUGUUUGUUGUAACAUGUUGGUUGAUCGAUCUAUGACGAAUUUAAUUGCCUUUUAUUGGGAACGUUAAUUACGUUGUAAACUUUUGUGACAGGUAUUAAUUAUAAAUGUAUUCCCGGUAUUGGGAAUGAA